AUAUAAAGAGUGACAAACACAGAGGCAGUCACCUCACUCUGCUCUUACAAACCAGCCUGCCUCCAGAGAUAACGACAGACGACCUCGACUUAAAACAUGGCUUCAUGGUGUGAUGUCAAGCUCUUCCUGUGCAUCCUCGUUGUCACCUGCUGCUGCACCGAGACACAGGCACAGAUGCCCUCUGACUGCUGCUUGACUGUCACAAACAAAACCAUUGCAGCACAACUCAUCGCUGACUACUAUCACCAGCCCAGUGGACGUGGCUGCUCUGUCGAGGCCAUAAUCUUUGUGACCAGACGUGAGAGGAAACUCUGCGUUCAGCCUCAAGAGUCGUGGGUCGAGGAUGUGAAAGUCCACGUGGACAAGCUGAGGAAAUUCUGCAAGGAUUACAACUACAAGCCCCAACGCUGCAAUGGAGUGAAGCCAAACUCAAGACGUGCAAAUUAAAGACGAAAUGAAGAAUGUAAAAGCAGUUACUGCGAUUCCUCCUCUAGCUAAAUGAAUGUCUCUGUGUAAAUAUGCAUUGUAUAUAUAUAUGUAUGCAUAUAUACAUACAUAUAUAACUGUGUUUAUUGGUUGAUAAUUUUUUUUGUCACUUUACUCUGUCAGGACUGAAACUAAAUAAAUGGCCUUCAACUCA